UGUUUCUAUUUGUAUACUCGAAUCUAUGUGUAUGGUGGCAUAGGUGAUCGAUAUAAGAGCUCGGAAUAAUACGCCAUUUGAAUCGGUAGUGUAACAGGCGGCAGUGUUAAAAGCAAAAUCUUUACUUCAACUCUCACCUCCACGGAUGUUGAGUCAUGCAACGCGUGGACCUCGGUUCGUUGCCAGAAUUGAAUAGGUUCUAUUGAGGAUAGCAGGUACCCCACCCUUUUAAGUCGGUUUGUGACACAGGCUGUAUGAAUAGAGCAUACGCCCCUGUCUAUUGAAGUACAAACGAAGCGAAAUCAGGUUUCGUGGGCAAAAUUUUGUGUUAACAUUUCAUCGGUCUCAUAUUGACGUACUGAAAACUUUACCUAUUGUUUGGCACAGGUUUCUGUAUGCAUAAGCGCAUUUCUGUUGUGGUAGAAAUAUUGCUGACUAUUGCCAUCUAAGAGAUGAAGGGAUUCAUUUUGUAGUUAACCUCAGGACAUCAGUGACACUGUUCUAAUGAGUACAAUACACAGAACGGACUUUCUUUGGAAUGUCGUGUAACAAUGCCGCAUGACAUAAUAGUGAUUUGUGUGAAUAAGAUCGCGUACACUCGAUUGGUGGUACUCAUACAAUGAAUGAUAAUAUCUCUCGCCCAGAAUAAGCAGUCUGACGGGAAGUACGCUCCAAAGCUACCGGGAUGCUUUCGAUUCGGAAAGGCUCUGUCACCGUCAGAUCUGACUUCUUGGAAUUUUUCAUCGAGGAAAUCGUAGUCGAUGACGUCGGGAGAAGGCAUUUCUUUCGCCAGAGAUGGUGAAACGGACCUUUAUAUUAUCAGCCCCUCCUGUGCGAUGGGUGGCUACGAUUGUAGGUCUGAUACUCCUUGUGAUGUCGACCAACGGCUUUCCUGGUGGCGCACCUGUAGAAGCGUGUGGAAAUAUGAUGCCUGUCCAUAUGAUGGCAACACCUCAGGUUAACCAGAAUGGACUUGGUAUCACCAUGACAACUGUUGUGAUGACAGACGAAGAGGAUGACGAUGCUACUACCGUUCAUGUGGCCUUGAUGGGAAACCAACCAAUUAGAGAUUUCUUUAAAGGAUUCAUGAUUCAAGCUCGUCAUGUUGGAGGUGACAGACCUAUCGGGAGAUUUGUAAGGAUACCUGCGGGACAGAAAGGACUCGACUGUUCCGGUGUAGAGAACUCGGCCGUCACGCAUACCAAUAACGAUCCAAAGUUUUGGGUAUCAUUUGCUUGGAAGCCGUUGAAGAAAGAUGACACCACGAACUUCAUAUUCGUUGCCACCAUAGUAAAGUCUGUCAACCUCUUUUGGACGAACAUAACAUCUGAAGUUUUGUUUCCUUCAGUCCCGACAACACCGUCUGGGAGGGGUAAUCCUAACGAAAACAACACAUCUACGGAACCAAUUCCUACGACAAACAGUACUGCUAACUCUACUAUAUUGUUCCAGAACGCUACUACGAUAUCAACGAUGUCACCAUUAACGGAUGGGUCUAACGUGACAACAAAUCUAUCUCUUACCACUAUAGCCCCGGUCACUGACAAUAGCACUACCUCCCCUCCAUCUAAUACUACCACAAAUGAUGUGACCGAAUAUGUUAGCGCAACAACUGUUUCUUUUAAUGGUUCAACAGUAUUAAGCAAUGUUACUACUAGUGUAACAACUACUCAGUUAUCAACUGAUGUCAUGGAUAAUACCACGUCAGCCACCUCCACUGUGGACAUCACCACUGCGGAUAUCGUAAAUAUAACUGAAUCGACUCGUUAUACAACGGUUAAUACAACCAACGUAUCCAGUAACUCAUCAGGAUUGAAUGUUACGACUAAAGAACCAACUUUUACUACGACAUUGAAUCCUGAGAAUGUUACUACGACAUUAAAUCUUGAUAAUGUUACAACAACGUUGAAUCCCGAUACUUUACCUACGAUAUCAAAUCCCGAGAAUGUUUCUACGACAUUAUAUUCUGGUAAUAUCACUACAUCAGAUCCCGAGAAUGUUACUUCGACAUUAAAUCCAGAUAAUGCAACUACGACAUCAAAUCCAGAGAAUGUAACUACAUCACAUCCCGAUAAUUUCAUCACGACAAUAAAUCCCGAAAAUUUUACUACGACAUUAAAUCUUGAUAAUGUUACUACAACGUUGAAUCCCGAUACUUUACCUACGACAUCAAAUCCCGAGAAUGUUUCUACGACAUUAUAUUCUGGUAAUAUCACUACAUCAGAUCCCGAGAAUGUUACUUCGACAUUAAAUCCAGAUAAUGCAACUACGUCAUCAAAUCCAGAGAAUGUAACUACAUCAAAUCCCGAUAAUUUAAUCACGACAAUAAAUCCCGAAAAUUUUACUACGACAUUAAAUCUUGAUAAUGUUACUACAACGUUGAAUCCCGAUACUUUACCUACGACAUCAAAUCCCGAGAAUGUUUCUACGACAUUAUAUUCUGGUAAUAUCACUACAUCAGAUCCCGAGAAUGUUACUUCGACAUUAAAUCCAGAUAAUGCAACUGCGACAUCAAAUCCAGAGAAUGUAACUACGACAUCAAAACCCCAAAAUAUAUCUACGACAUCAAAUCCUGAGAAUGUAACUACAUUAAAUCCAGAUAAUGCAACUGCGACAUCAAAUCCAGAGAAUGUAACUACGACAUCAAAACCCCAAAAUAUCUCUACGACAUUAAAUCCCGAUAAUACAACUACAUCAAAUCCCAAGAAUGUUACUACGACAUUAAAUCCCGGGAAUGUAACCACGACAUUAAAUCCUGAUAAUGUAACUUCGACAUUGAAUCCUGGAAGUGUUACGACCUCGUCUUAUAGUAAGAAUGAUACUUCGACAUUAAAUCCCGAUAAUGUCACAACGUCUUCUUACUUUUCCACAGUCAAUGUAACAGUACCAAUUGAUAACAUGACUACAACUCAAGAGCCUGUCCUAUCGACAACUAUCAUGACUCCCACUACUGAUCAAACAACUCAAAUGACCACAGAUUUUUCUAAUAGUACAACAGCCAUUAAUAACGGAACAGAUGCAAAUGUGACGUCCACAACAAUAGCUAUAACCUCAGGAAAUGAAACGACUGAUGAAAAUAUGACAACAACGUUACCGAUUAAUACAACAUCAAUGUCGCCAACUCCGGAUAUAACAGUUCUGACUGUCACAAAUGAUCCAUUUGUAACAACGAGUGGAAAUCAGUCAAUGACCACGAUGCAAAACGUAACGGAAACGGUAACAGAAACAAGCACCAAUUCAAAAGAAACAUUACCGAUUACAGCAGCAAAUACAACAGAGCCAUUUACAAAUGUUUCAUUGACUACAUCAUCAUCUGUAACAAAUGACUCAUUUGCACCUACCAAUAGCAUGCCCAUUGUGACAAACGUUACAGAAACUGUGACAGAAGCUAGUACAACUAUAAUGUUGAAUCUGUCAACAUCUGAAAGCGCUUCGACAUCAAGUCCAACGACAGCUGAGAUAACAUCCACAAAUGCAUCCUCCUCUGAUUCAAUGUUAACUACAAAUUCAACAGAAACCAUGACCUCAGAUUCGAGUUUAAUUCCUUCGACGUCAGUGUCAACAAGCAAGACAACGAUUGUCACUACACUUUCAAUGUUGACAAUGAUGACGACAUCAGGAACACCAGCAACAGCACCCGAAACCACUCAACAAACUACAAUACAGACCACCGCAACACUCCCAACAACUCAACAAAAUACAGCUGAUACUACUACGAUCAUGUUAACAACUGGAAAUGCGGUGACAUCUGCAACUACAACGGUUGACCAGCCAACAGACCCAGUGACUACUCAAGAUGCAGUCACGACCACAGGUAGCACUGUUGAUUUGCAGAGAUCUACCAUCCCCGGUGCAACUACCACGUCUCAAUCACCGAUAGUUGAAAACAACAAUGAGGUAUACGUUCGCUUUAGAAUUACUGGAAUAGAUUUUACCAGUGCAUUGACUCAACCUUCAUCUCGAAAAUACACCAACCUUGAAGCAGAAGUCGUUUCAACUUUGGAACAAGUCUACAGUUCAACCAACAAUUUCAGGAGUGCUGGCGUCACAAGAUUUUUGAAAGGAAGCGUCAUUCCUGAGGUAAGGUUAGAGUUUACAUCUUCUCUGGAUGACGAUUUGAAGAACAAUGUCGUCGGUACACUUUACAACGCGGUCGAUGAGUCUGGCGGCAGGCUGGGAAACUUUUCCGUCGACAACGUCGCUUCCAUCGAUGAAAAUGGUUAUUUCCAGACAGUAGACGCAUGUUUUAUUCUUCCAUGUCCAUCGGGUGCAUACUGCUAUGUAGAUCCUAAUGACAAUCAAUGUUGGUUAACAUGUGAUAGAAACUCGGCCUAUUGUCUCAAUGGAGGGACCUGUAUCCCACCUGAUGAUGGAGAGACCAUUGCAACAUGCACAUGUACCAACAACUAUGAAGGCAGAAGAUGCGAGGUUGCGAUAACCACAGUUGCUCCAACAACUGAUUUACAAAUGAGACUGGUAAUAAUCUUAGCAUCUAUCUGUGGAAUUAUGGCCCUUCUUUUCCUCAUCCUGGCAAUCGUUCUCAUCUGGUGGUGUCACAGACUUAAAUAUACGAAAAGAGUGAUAGAAGAAGACCCUGCUCAGGUGGCCAAAUGGCAGAACAGAGCGCGUCGAUCGAGAGCCAGGCGUGAUGCCGACUCCAGUGGUGACGAGACGGCAGAUGGACUCUCAAUCUCAGGGGUGGCUGGAAUGAGUUAUACACUGAACAGAGAAACGCAGCUCCCCUUCAGGACUGAACAAGGUGCCAAAUUGCCUCAUAACUUAGUCGCUAUCCCUGAUGACAUUGACACGAGUAGCGGGAGCAAUUUUUACUUUACCGACUCGGACUCCGAUUCGGAACAUUUCCGUCCUAAAAUCAUUGAAGGUGGAGUGAGUUUUCCAUUUUUCGAUGGAAGUGGAAGUAUCCCUGAUCUGCUGGCAUCAGCAGCUGACUAUGAGAUGGAUGUGAUGCAGCGGAUGUCAUCCAACAAGCCGUUGGGUACCAGAGGAAGGUCUGUCAGUUUCAGCGACAUUCAGCAAGUGAUUUCAGAUGACGAUCGCAUCGGGUGGGAGAACUUUACCUUCGGCAGUGAGGCAGCGGACAGUAACAAAAACAACAACUUUCAAAUGCGCUGGGACUUUCAGGUUGGAGGAAAGUCUGAUGAUGCCGAUGGUAAAAAGGAUGAUGGUGAUGAUGACGACGAGCGCAAUAAAGGUGGUGGUCGAGGUCUUCUCGGUGAGACGAAUGCAUGACGGUACGCGCUGCCAUCACCAAGCUCUGUUGAGAAUUCUCAUGAAUCCCCUUUGCCUCGCUUGCCAGCUAAUCUAGCCGAUACAUAUUUCUAAAAGAAUAUGUUAUCCGCAAGAUUUAUUUCUUCUUCUUAAUCUUUAUUCAAUACUUUACUAAUAUACCACCAUUCAUUCUGUUUGCAUGAUUGUUUUAUUAACGCACUAACAAAGUAAUACAGAUCUUAGUAAAAGUAAAAAAAUUACCAAAGCAUUUAUCAUCACAUUUAACUCUUUUCUCAUAAAAAAGGACAAUAAUGCUGCAGGAGCAAGCUUUCAUUUCAAUAUUCUUCUUUGCUGAAUUAUAUUCAAAAUCUAACAUAUUUUGUCAUAAAAUUUAAUGAUAAUCAUGCGGCACCGAAUCACAAUAUUCAUGAUAUAGUAACUUGGAUUUAAAAAAAAUACUUUGACUUAAUAUUUGAAAUGAGAGUUACACUUGCCCAUUUUAAACAAACAUAGCAAAAUAAUGUUUGAUCUGCCUUAAAAUAUAUACAUUUCUAACAAGAACCGUGUAAACAAACAAGCAAACAACAGUAAAAAGAAAACAUUGAAUUAAAGAAAAAGGAAAACCUGGAUGAAAGAACAGACUAAAGGGGAUUAGAGCGUGAUGAUGGCAGCACAGCCCAAUUCACCAUCGUCGCCAAUGCACAGUAUUAUGAAUAUUCGUCAAGUGUUCUCAUUAAGAUCUUCCUCGUGUUUUAUCAUUUUAAACUGACAUGCAUGUUUUUUUAUAUUAACAGCUAUUACCAACCUUAUUUGAAAUUAUAGGUUGUAGAAAGUGUGACAGAAUUCAACAGUGACCUUCCAAAUAUCUUAUUCGUAUUAUAUGGAAAUUUGUCUCUCUCCAUCUUCCUCCUCCUCCCUACUCUUUCGUUCCACUUUUCUUCUCCCUUUUCUUUCUACCCCUUCUUCACUCCGUUGCCCAUCGUCCUCCAUAUUCAUAUACCUCAUUUGCCUGUUAACACACUUUUUUGCAGCAGACAACCAACAAGAGAUUGAAUAAACCGUUUUAUCAAUUCUCUAAUUGACAUUUGCGUGAAAUCAAACGCAAAUACUUAAUUGUUCCAUGUAAGCAUAAUUGGAAAUCAAGUCACGUCUGGUUUCCAUGGUUAUAUAUGCGUUGAAAGUGUGUUUUGUGAAACAGACCCACUUUUGUUGCACAUUAACAUUGGUUGAUAAGAAUGUGAAGCCCGUUUCACAAAGGAUUUAGGAUCAUGAUAAGAUUGCCAUAUGGUAUGCUACCAUGGAAACCUUGAUGUUGAUUGGCUACAGAGGCCUGUUACCAUGUUUGUAACCAGAAUGACAAAAUUACUACAACUUCUUCAUGAAACAGUCUCAAGUAUGGCAACUUGAGAAUGAUUACUUUCUAUUCAAAAUUUGAUUAGAUUAGAAUUGUUUAAAAAGGCUCUGAUAAGAAUUGAACUGCCAUUCUAAGUGGUAAGAACCAAUUAUUAUCUCAAUUGAAAUCUAAUCUACUAAGUCCUGGAAUGGUUUUGAAUUCAAACGAAUUUGAUAAGUUAUUUCAGGAUGAUAAAUAGGCCUGGUUACUUUUUAGUAUGCUGUCAUUUACUUGACAGAAAAUUGCAUUUACAGUUUAUUUUAAGUGAGUACAUGAUGGUUUUGCGAUGUCACAGUUGCCAGCUACAAUCAUUGUGCUUUUUAGGGGUCAGUUUCAAGAAAGUCGAGAGGUUUUGAUCAGGGAACUGGUAUGGUCACUAACAAUCCCCUGGUUUUAUGAUGAAAAGCAUUUGACGAAUAUCAAAACAGAAACAAACCAAAUAUUCCGUCCAUAGUAUUGUUCAAUCCAUUCUACCACAGUGGUGCUGUAAUUCAAGGUUUAUUUUGUCAUUGUUGUUUUCAAUAUGUAUUUUAUGAAUGGUCGUUAUGUUCCAAUUUAGACAAAAUUUAAGACAAAAUAUACAGUAAAAUAGUAUAACUAUAACAAAGACACAUUUACCGGGGACGGCUCUAUAUAGACUAGACUACUGAGUGUCACUCUAAUCUACCGAUAGCGCGAAACAUCCAUGAAUUCUAUAAAUAUUAUGUACAUGCAAAUGAUAUUUGCCCAUACACUGUUCAUUUAGGCAAUCAAUGUUUAAUCUGCUCGAAAGAAUAAGGAAUAUGUUGUAAGUAGAUUUCAUUCCAUACUAAGAAUGACCCCGUGUCGAGAUAUAUUGUUCAAUCAUAUUUAUUGUCAAAAGAUGUACGAUUUUACAUGAACUCGAUAAGAGUCUAAUAUUACGUUAUUUCCGAGUCACUUCAAACAGAAUUGACUCUACUCGUCAUUGAUGACGCAUGUUCCGAGUCACUUUAACUGUCAAAUAUAUUACAACAUUGUGUUAUAUAUAAGUAUUACAUGAUGCCAAAUGCUUUAUUUGGCGUGUUGAGGAUAACUUUUUGUGGAGUUGAUCCCCUGCCGAUGCCAUUGUUACAGAAUGUAUAAUUAGUUGUAGGUGUUGUCGCAAGUCUCACUGAUGAAACUUACUCCAAAUCGAUCAAUGGUAUGUCAUUCAAAAUAAGAAAACAUUCUUGAUCGGUCUGGUAUCAAGUGCCCCGUCUUACAUUGAUCCAAUCAACGUCAAUUAUAUGGAAUUCCAUUAACGUCAUAAUUUUUUCUUCAGAAAAUUUGAACAAUGUACUUUGUGAACAAAGAGAAGCACACUGAAUUGUCAAGAAAACGAUGAAUGUGUGAAUGUACAUCAUGGCCAGAAAAUAAUUUGAAUAAACAUGCAUUUUAGAUGUUGACGUUGCUGGCUUGCCAUAGUUGUGGUUGAUCGGAUCAAUCGCAACUCUUUGUAAGACGGGGCCCAGGUAUCUGUCCAGUAAGUGUGACCGCUACAUUAAAGCUGAGUAGUGACAGUAAAUUAACAUAUUUUCAACGUAAAUAUCAUCCAGAAUCCUGUUAAACAUUGGACACUCACUCAUUGAAGAUGCUGCAAUAUUCCACGCAAUAAUAUUGCAAUUGAAUGUCUAUGUCGUAUCCUAUAUAUUUUAUUAUAUAUGUUGCUGCUGCUGUCUUAUCUAGAUUUCUUACUCAUUAUUAUGAGAGAAGUUAGAUAGGCCUACAGGUAAAUAAAUGUUUUCUAAUAGCGGAAAAACUAAUGAUCCGACAUUGUAAUGUAUUUUUAAUGGUAAUCCAUAUAAGACAUAAGAACUUGUAUAUACUGAGGUAAUUAUUGUCAAACUUACAUAAUAUAUGAUACCACUUUAUCUAAACUAACUGUACCUACCACUAAUGCUAAGAAUCCUUAUUUUAUAUGUAGAUAGAUGCUUAAAUCAUAUUCACCCAUCUCGAGUAAAAAGCAAUUCUUUUCAUUUACAACCCAAUUUACUUGUUAAAAUCAUACUUGUUUUUAUUGAUACUGUUUAAUGUAUGAUAUAGGCCCAAUUCUUUGUAAUUACAAUUUUAUUAUAGUUUUUUAUAAAUUCGUUUCAUUUUAUCAAGCAUACCAAAAAACUGAUUGUUGUCAGAAAGCCCUGUUCAAAUAUAUUCGUCUAUCAUGGAUUUCAUUUUAAUGUAGAUUACGUUAUUUGUAAAAUGCUCACGUUUUUGGUUUUAAAGUGAUGAUCACUGAUCUUUCCUACCCAGUACCCGAUGGAUUAUAACAUGUCUAUGUUAAUAUUAUGUCAUAUGUAUUGUUUGUCUGAUCGUCAAAUAUUGAUGUUACCUUUGAAAAUGUGCAUAACCAGGGCACGGUUUAAUGAAAAUUGUCAGCAAUGCAAACCUCAUUUUCUAACAGUCUACCAAACAUUAAGCGAUCCGCUGCGAUACAAUUUUGUUGGUUUCUGUAUUUUUAAAUCUCAAUUACAUUAAAUAUAAGCAUUUAGAUUCUUCAAAUCUAGCUAAUUCGGAUUCUCGUAUAAAUUACAAGGGAGGUUAGCCCUAUACAUUUAGAAAAGUAAUCAUUUCUUGCCCGAUCGCUCUGACUUUACGAUUCGUAACCAAACAAGAAGGCUUGUGUUAAGAUAAAUGUAUUUCAAUAUCACUGUCCACUGGAAAUGAAAUUGGGGGAAAUCUUUUGUAAUUAAAUGCUAAUGUCCCAGAGUAAGAUCUAGAAUUUGACUUUAAUCGUCAGGUGUCAAUGCUGACAUUUCUCAUGAAACAGUGCCCAGAAGGGGUCGAGAACCUCUUUUAAAUAUUUUUUAUGUCAACAAUAAUUUGCAUAUAUAAAUGAGAUUACAUGGAUAUUUUAAUGAAUAAAUUAUAAUUAUACAGUACAAA